CUCUCCUUCAAUAAAUAGCAUGUUGACCAGCGUCGCUGCAAGUCUUUCUGCAUUGAUUUCUAGCAGGAAAAUGAGAGAGCCAAAAAUGAAGCUUCUCAGAGCUCUCAAGCUUCUGCUUCCAUUUCUAGUUCUUCACUUGCACUUCGCCUUCUCUGAAGUCUUCUUCGAAGAGCGAUUCGAAGAUGGGUGGAAGAGCCGGUGGGUCCUAUCAGACUGGAAAAGGGCAGAAGGAAAAGCAGGAACGUUUAAGUACACUGCAGGGAAGUGGUCUGGAGAUCCGGAUGAUAAAGGCAUUCAGACAUAUAAUGAUGCCAAGCAUUUUGCCAUAUCUGCAAAAGUACCUGAGUUCAGCAACAAAAAUAGAACUCUAGUUAUCCAGUAUUCAAUUAAAUUUGAACAAGAGAUCGAAUGUGGUGGUGGCUACAUCAAACUUAUGUCUGGCUAUGUCAAUCAGAAGAAAUUUGGCGGUGAUACUCCAUACAGUUUCAUGUUUGGACCUGAUUUAUGUGGCACACAGACGAAAAAGCUCCAUGUUAUUCUUUCUUACCAGGGCCAGAAUUAUCCCGUAAAAAAGGAUCUUCAAUGUGAAACAGACAAAUUAACUCAUUUCUAUACAUUUAUUCUUAGGCCUGAUGCAACUUACAGCGUCCUUGUUGACAAUAGAGAAAGAGAUUCUGGAAGCAUGUAUACAGAUUGGGAUAUACUUCCUCCACGAAAAAUCAAGGAUGUCAAUGCCAAAAAGCCAGCAGACUGGGACGACAAAGAGUAUAUUAUUGACCCUAAUGAUGUGAAACCGGAGGGAUAUGAUUCAAUUCCAUCACAAAUUCCUGAUCCAAAGGCCAAAGAGCCUGAAGAUUGGGAUGAUGAAGAAAAUGGAAUUUGGAGGCGACCAAAGAUCCCAAAUCCAGCAUACAAAGGACCAUGGAAGCCCAAGAAAAUCAAGAACCCCAACUAUAAGGGAAAGUGGAAGACUCCUUGGAUUGAUAACCCAGAGUUUGAGGACGAUCCUGACCUUUAUGUGCUGAAGCCAAUAAAAUAUGUGGGCAUUGAAGUUUGGCAGGUAAAGGCUGGUUCAGUUUUCGACAACAUUUUGAUUUGUGAUGACCCACGGUAUGCAAAAGAAGUUGUAGAAGAGAUUUUUUCAAAUAGAGAAGCUGAAAAAGAAGCUUUUGAGGAAGCAGAAAAGCAGAGAAGAGCUCGAGAAGAAGAGGAUGCUAAAAGAGCGAGUGAAGAAGGUGAAAGAAGAAAGAGGGACAGAGAUCGUCAGUAUGGGGAUAGGAGGCGUCAUAAAAGGCAUGAUCCCCGUGAUUAUCUGGAUGAUUACCAUGAUGAACUAUGAGGCAGCAGCAGAUGUUUGUUGUUUGUACCAUAGCUUUGGGAAAGGAAAGGCAUUCCCAACAAUUAGAGAAGCAUGUUCUAAGGACAAGCCUUGUGUGUUGUACAAUUGUUUAAACAUCAAACGCAGACUCUUAUUAAUUGCCAAUGUUGGGUUUACUGAACCAUGAGUUGUGAAUUGUAUGCUAUUCUGUAAACAUAAUUUUGGCAGAAUUACGGGUGGCAGUUUCUUUUUUUAAUCAUUGAAAGUGGAGGAUUUGUGAGCU